AUGCAAUAUCGGUUUCGCAUUCCCGUCUGUGGCGCUAUCAUUCUCAACAGCAAUUUAGAUAAAUGCGUUUUAGUGAAAGGAUGGAGUUCAAAGUCGGGUUGGGGGUUUCCCAAGGGUAAAAUCAACCAGGAUGAGGAAUAUGCAGCUUGCGCGAUCAGAGAAGUUUUAGAAGAAACAGGAUAUGAUGUGGGGCCCUUAUUAAAGAAGCAAGACUAUAUUGAAUUGACGAUGCGUGAACAAAGAAUUCGACUUUAUAUAAUUCAAGGUGUUCCUGAAGAUACACAAUUCGUCCCUAGAACAAGAAAAGAAAUUAGUCAAAUCUCAUGGAUCAAAUUAGAGGAUCUACCAACAUAUAAAGCAUCUGCUGAAAAUACAAAAUCGGGUAACUACGUAAAGUCGGGGCCAUAUCGAUUUUAUAUGGUUGUUCCCUUUGUAAAUAAAUUGAGGCAAUUUGUAAACCAACGAAGAAAGGCGCUCAAGAAAGAAAGCAAGGCGGCUGAUAAUAUUAAUAAUAGUCAUGCUGUUGCUGCUGCUCUCAAAUCACCGGUAGUGAUAGAGGGAGUGAACAAUAACCCUCAACAACAGCAGCAAGAAAUGGAGCCUUCGAAUGCUUUGAAAUCCUUAUUGGGUGUCCAGUCACCUCCUACGCCUCAGCAGCAACAGCAACCAAAACAGCAACCCAUCCAUCUACAACAGCAACAGAUACCAUUUUUACAAGCAACGGCCUCAUCUGCACCCUCCCAACCACAUCCAUCUGAACGCCCACCUCUAUUGAACCACUUACUAGGCGAAGCAAUGAAUAGCAGCAGUAGUAACAAUAGCAUGAAUUCUUCGGACAGUCAGACGAAUGUGCAUAGAGCUUCUUUUGUUGAAGAACUUUUAAAAGCACAACACCAAACUUUGACCCCUCCGCCUCCACUUGGAUCGUUGAAUGAUAAUUUACGUCGAAAUUCUCUAUUGAACGCCUUACAUGGCAACAAAUAA